AUGUCAAGACAAGACUUUGAUGAUGGAGAGAAGAUGCUGCGACUAUUGCAAUUUCUGGACGGUGAGGCGAAAGAAGCAGUUGCAAGUCUCGAGGCAGUUGAUGGCGGCAUACAUGAGGCACUAAAAAUUCUACAGAAGAGGUAUGGUCGUACAUGCGUAAUUGUGAGUUCGAUUGUGGAUGGACUGGUAAAGGGACCUGUUAUUCCAAAUGGUGACAAAACUGCACUUCGAAAGUUCGCAGAUAAAACCGCAAGAGCUUUGGCUACAUUGAAGUCCCUGAACUGUUUGCAUGAGAUAAAUCAAGGAAAUCUGGUGGAGAUGGCAGGUCGACUGCCGAAACAUCUACAACAAAGAUUCGCGGGUUUGGCAAGCAAAUUGGAAGAAAAGGAUCAACGUUUCCCAACAUUAAGCGACUUUUCCAUAUUCGUUGACAAAUGGGCAAACAUUGCAAACCACCCUAUGAAUGCCAGCAAGGGGAAAACCCAGGAAAGCGACCUCUUGAAGGGAAACAAAAGGAAGAAGGAAGAUCUACUGCCAAGAUAUACGAUGGCCACAGGUGUUAAGGACGAUCAAAAUUCCUCGGGCAAGAGAGGACCUCAAGAAACACCUUGUCCUUGCUGCUCCCAGGCACACCCGCUACACCGCUGCAACCUUUUCAAGGAGAAAACACAUGCCCAGAGGAACGAGUUCGUAAAAGUUAAAGGUCUCUGUUAUAACUGUCUAAAGAAUAGUCCAGUUCUACAAUCUGGUAUCACAGUUAAACAUAUUGCCAAGUGUUGCCCGAGCAAAUUCAAGUGCAGAAUUGAAGGAUGUGGCGCUUCACAUCACACGUUGUUGCAUAUACCAAACCAGCAGAAGAAAGAGAGCAAUCAAGAUUCUGCUCAAAAGGACGGCAGUGAUUUGCAAGCCGGCGCUGUCAAUACGGCUUUUCUGCAGGAUUCUGAUGCUGUUCUGCUACAAGUUGUACCUAUACGUGUUUUUGGAAAACUGGGGAAAGUCGUGACCACAUAUGCCAUGCUCGACUCGGGAUCAGAGAUAACCCUAGUGGACCCCUCACUAGCAUCAACUUUGGAUUUAGAUGGACAACCUGAUGAAUUGGUCGUAUCAACAGUGAGCAACGACAAUGAUAUUCAACAUGGUUAUCGGGUCAAUCUUUCAGUUGAAUCCCUUAUCGACAAUGAACCACAGCGCUUGGAGCUGAGAAGUGCUUGGUGUGGCAGAGAUUUGAAGAUACCAUUACGUCAUCAACUUAUGCGAAGCAACAAAUCACGAUGGUCCCAUCUUCAGGACGUGCCAUUUCCUGACGUUCAGCAGAAAAAGAUCUCUAUUAUAAUCGGGACUAAUGUUCCAGAAGCUUUCAUACCACUUGAUGUUCGGCACAAUGGCCCUCAAGCUCCGGUAGCAAUACGAUCCUGUCUUGGGUUUUCAAUUCUUGGCCGCAUUGGGGAUGGUUCAGAAUCACAGCGCUCGGCCGUUCACAACAUUUGCGCUGCAACAGAUGAUUUCACGCUCAAUAAACAAGUCGAAUUGUUCUGGAAAUUGGAAUCAUUUGGAAGUGUGAGCUACAACUCCAAACCAAAGUCUUUGGAAGACAAACGGGCUGAGAAAGUCAUAGAAGGUACGAUUGGCAAGAUUGAUGGUCACUAUCAAAUGGGACUGCUAUGGAAGCAUGGUGAUCCACGACUUCCUGACAACCGAUCGGUUGCAGAAAUACGCCUUCGACAUCUCAGGCGUCGACUUGAACGAGAUCAAGAGUUAAAGAAAAAAUAUCUGGCAAUUAUCGAUGACUAUGUUGAGAAGGGUUAUGCCUGCAAGCUUACGCCUGAAGAGACCAAAGUGCGAAGCAACAAGACCUGGUAUCUUCCGCACCACCCAGUCCUGAACCCUCAUAAGCCAGGAAAAGUUCGUGCCGUAUUUGAUGCAGCAUCAACCUUUGCAGGAACGUCACUAAAUGAUGAACUCCUUCAAGGACCAGACCUGAUCAAUAAUCUGGUUGGCAUCCUGGUACGUUUUAGACAAGAUCCGGUUGCUCUUAUCGCUGAUAUAGAAGCUAUGUUUCACCAGGUGAGAGUGACCCCUGAAGAUUGCGAUGCUCUUCGAUUCUUGUGGUCGGAUGGUGAUCUCAAUAAGCCUCCGGAAGAGUAUAAAAUGCUUGUCCAUAUUUUUGGUGCGAAAUCAUCGCCUUGUUGUGCUAACAAGGCCCUGAAGCAGACCGCAGAUGACAACGAGACGAAAUACGGUAAAUCUGUAGCAGAUGUAGUGCGACGGAACUUCUAUGUGGACGAUCUUUUGAAAUCAACUGUGACAGUCGAGCAAGCCAUUGAUCUAGCUUUGAAGUUGAUAUCCCUACUACAGGAAGGUGGAUUCCGUCUCACGAAAUUCCUUAGCAAUCGAAGAGAGGUCCUACAAGCAAUUCCAGCCAAAGAAAGGGCUUCCCCUACGCUCGAUCUAGACUUAGACCAGCUGCCGAUUAACCGUACCCUGGGAUUAUGUUGGGACGCUGAAACCGACGAAUUCUACUUCACGUCCAUUUCCACCAACAAACCUGCUACGAAACGUGGAAUUCUUUCGGUAGUGAGUUCUUUGUUUGACCCGCUGGGCUUUCUUGCUCCUUAUGUUCUUCCUAUCAAAGCACUGCUCCAGGAACUUUGGCAACGGAAGUUAGGCUGGGAUGACGAGAUACAAGAUCAGCAACUCGGAGUUUGGCAACGAUGGCUCAAGUCGCUUUCCCAGCUGUCUGAAGUUAGAAUUUCAAGAUGCUAUUUUAAUACGGACAUGGCUCGUACGAGCAUGAUCGAGCUACAUCUGUUUAGCGACGCGAGUGAGAUUGCAUAUGCCGCUUCAGCCUACCUACGGAUCGUUGACGACGACGGAGUAAUUUCUUGUACAUUUAUCAUGGGGAAAUGCCGCAAUUGCCCAAUUAAGAGACCCACCAUUCCACGACUGGAACUUAUGGCAAGUGUCCUGGCUGUACGUCUGAGCAAUCUAAUUAGAGCUGAAUUGGAUUGGAACAUCGAUUACAUAACCUUUUGGACCGACUCCACUACGGUUCUCCAAUACAUCAGAAAUGAGAAUAGGCGAUUCCAACGCUUUGUGGCCACUCGUCUCGAAGAAAUUCAUGAGCACACAACACCAGAACAGUGGCGGCAUGUUCCAGGAGCUGUAAACCCGGCUGACGAUGGAUCGAGAGGUUUGCCGAUUGAAGCCUUUCAUCCGAAGUGCCGUUGGUGGUCAGGACCAGCUUUCUUAAGCCAGACGGUGGAUCAAUGGCCAUGUGCAAGGGUUUCUGAAGUCCCAGAAGAUGAUGAAGAGGUGUUGAAACCACGAGUUAGUCAAAGCGUGUUGGUGGUUGCAGUUGGUUCCAAUUUGGGUCAAUUAUUGAAUGACGUAUCGUCCUGGUCAAAGCUGCAAAGAUGCGUUUCUUGGCUCGCGCGAUUCGUCCGCCAUCUACGAUCCAAAGAAGAAACACGAAGGGCUUCAUUCCCUAAAGAAAUAAGCUUAGCUGAAAUGAAGGAGGCGUCAACGUCUAUCGUGAGAAUGGUUCAAAGCCAACAUUUCCAGGAUGAAUUAUUGGCCCUGCAAUCUGGAAAGAAGAUCAAGGCAGACAGCAGAUUGAUGACUCUUUCCCCCAUACUUUUGAACGGUGUUAUUUGUGUCGGUGGUCGUUUGAGGCAUGCACCACUAACCUCAGAAAACAUCAACCCCAUGAUAGUGCCAUAUCAACACCAUAUCGCCACGUUAAUCAUUACCUAUUACCAUCAAGUGUUAGGACAUGCCGGUCGAGAACACGUACUGUCCGUAGUCCGUCAGUAUUACUGGAUUAUUAACGCCCGAGUGUUAACUCGCCAGAUCCUGCGUCGUUGCAUCACCUGCCGUAAGAGGAACGAAGCUCCCAUGAAACAGAUGAUGGGUGACCUUCCUAUAGCUAGGCUUACUCCAUACGAGCCUCCCUUUACCUACACCGGUUUGGACUUUUUUGGUCCGUUUUAUGUCAAACGUGGUCGUGGCACUGAGAAAGUGUAUGGUUGCAUUUUCGUGUGUUUCACUACAAGGGCAAUCCAUAUUGAAGAUGUUGGAUCACUGGAGGCAGACGAUUUCAUCCAAGCCUUGUGUCGCUUUAUUUGUACUCGUGGUGCUGCCAAGGAGAUAUGGAGUGACAAUGGGACCAACUUCGUUGGUGGAGAAAAGGAGAUAAGAUUGGCUAUUCAGGGAUGGAAUCAGAAGGCAAUAAUCGAAGCUUUGCACGAAAGGGGAGUAGAAUGGCAUUCACAACCAUUGAAGAAGUGGCACUUUCAACCUCCUACCGCUAGCCACAUGUCAGGAGUGUGGGAAAGACUGAUCAGAAGCGUUCGCAAGACCAUGAAGGCCAUUAUUGGGCAUCCGCACGCCUUUAUCAAGCGCGAGACGCUGCGUACAGUGUUCGCAGAAGCAGCUGGUAUUCUCAACAGCCGACCUCUUUGUCCAAGCAGCGAAGAUCCGAACGAUUGUGAACCAAUCACGCCAAGUCAUUUCUUACAACAACGGCAAGGUCUCGCAGUACCUCCUGGUUUAUUUCAAGACACAGAAAUCCAUUCUCGAAAGCAGUGGCGCAGAGGACAAGUUCUGGCCAACCACUUCUGGGCGCGGUGGAUUCGUGAAUAUCUUCCCAUUUUGCAAGAAAGAAAGAAGUGGAUGACGAAGAAACCAAAUUUGAGAGUGAAUGAUCUGGUGCUUUUGGUGGAUACAACUCAGCCUCGAGGACAUUGGCAUCUUGGACGAGUAACCAAGGUCUUCUUCGGAGCGGAUGGUUUGGUACGUACGGCAGAAGUAAAGACAAAGAUAUCGACUUUGGUGAGACCAAUUUCUAAGUUGUGCUUAUUAGAGGAAGCACUUUAA